AUGGUCAGAGCGACCAGCAUCAAAGACGUCGAUCAACACGAGGCUGUUAAGUCGAUCGCCCACUUCUUAAAGAAGAGUGGAAAGGUCAAGGUGCCAGAAUGGACUGACCUCGUUAAGCUCGGAGUCCACAAGGAGCUUUCGCCAAUCGACCCAGACUGGUUCUACACCCGCACCGCUAGCUUGGCUCGCCAUCUUUAUUUCCGUAGCGCCGGAAUUGGAGCCUUCAAGAAAAUCUAUGGAGGAAACAAGAGACGUGGAGUUGCUCCAAACCACUUCCAGACUGCUUCAGGAAACUGUCUCAGAAAGGCCAUUCAGCAGCUCGAGAAGCUGAAGUGGGUUGAGGCUCACCCAGACGGAAAAGGACGAGUUCUCUCCAAGCAGGGACGCAAGGACCUUGAUAGAAUCGCUACCACUCUCCGAUCAUCCGCCGCUCCAGCUUUCUAA